AUGGCAGUUGUAGGUGAUCACGAAACUUCAGGUUUUUGGCUAUCGCUGGUGCCGUUGGCUAGCUUGCAUCCAAUAGUUGCAGGUGUAUUGCUUAUCACCGUGCCUAUAUUCGCAUACGCCUUCUAUAACUUGUUCCUGCAUCCUCUCCGAGGUUACCCCGGGCCACUAUUGUGGCGCUGUUUCCGCUUCCCGUACGUUGUCUCCACCCAACGCGGGCAGAUCCACAGGCGUUACAAUGAGUUUCAUGCCAAGUAUGGGCCUAUUGUACGCAUAGCACCAAACGAGCUGUCUUAUGCCGAUGGCCGGGCCUUCGGAGACAUUUAUGCCAACCGGCCCGGACAUCAGCCCUUUGAGAAGACGCGAACCUACUUCAAAAAGAUGACGCCAGAUGAGCCAACUACAAUCAUGGAUUGGCAUGAAGAUAACCACGCAAGGUAUCGACGUGCUUUCACCAACGCUUUCUCAGAAAAGAGUCUCAAGAGCCAGGCCCCAAUCAUAGAGCAGCAUGUUGAUGGCUUCAUGGCACAACUAAAGAAACGUAACACCGUAGACCUCACCGACUGGUUCAAUUUUCUCACUUUUGACCUCGCUGGCGACCUUACUUAUGGCGAGUCUUUUGGAUGUGUUGACAACGGGAAAGCACAUCCGUGGGUCGAGAUUGCACAGGAUUUUGGCAAGGGACUUUCUAUAAUUGCAGCAGUCAAUCUUUACCCCCCUAUUGACAAGGUCUUGCGAUACAUUAUCCCAAAGCGGAUUCUGCAACGGAGUGUAGACCAUCGCCAGAUGAGUUAUGCACAGGCCAAAAAGCGGAUAGCACGAGAUGUAGAGCGAUCAGAUUGGGUGACGCCAACGAAAAAGUACACUGAUCAGAAAGACCAGUUCACAGACCAGGAGUGGGGCAUGAACUUGUUGGUAAUAGCGUUUGCCGGAAGCGAAACCACGGCCAGUGCACUAACCGCCAUUACGAGGAUGCUGGUUCAACACCGAGGUGUUCUUCAUCGUUUGACACGUGAGGUUCGAGAAAGGUUUCAAAACGAAAGCGACAUUACCGUUGCAACAACAAGCGACCUGCCGUUCCUCAACGCGGUAAUACACGAAGGCAUGCGUCUUGGCCCGCCUGUUGUUAUCGGAUUACCCCGAGUCGUGCCAGAUGGUGGGGAUCUGGUGUGUGAUCGCUGGGUUCCUGGCGGAACCUAUGUCGUUUUUAACCAAUUCUCCGCAUUUCGCCAGUCAUACAACUUUUCCAAUCCCAACUCAUUCAUCCCGGAGCGCUUUCUCACCCCCAAUAAAAACGACGAUAUGACAGUAUUCCAGCCUUUCCAGAUGGGCAGACACGUGUGCAUAGGCAUGAAAGUUGCCUAUCAGGAAUUGCGGCUCAUUCUUUCAAGGCUGUUAUGGAGUUUUGAUUUGGCAUUGAAGGACCCGAGCGAUGUAUGGGACUGGGGUGAGCAAAGCACCUAUAUUUUUUGGGAAAAGAAGCCGUUAGAAGUUGCACUGCGCCACGUGAACAAGUGA